CGGUUGUCUCGGCCCGGGCUCCAGCUCACGUACUCCGACAUAAGUUUCGUCACUCCCUCUACCUUCGACAAUUGAAUCUGCAUUGGACCACGACCGGGUAAUCGUCACUUCACCCAACUUCCCGAAUUUACUUGGUGGCUCCAGCUUGUAACUUGCCUUCCUACUUCCAUCAAUAUUAUUAAUCCCUUCUUUUUGCAUUCCUGGUUUGCCAUGGCUUCUCGAUUGCCCUUCCACCGUCUGCCAGAGCAGCACCUGCGGGUUCUGCCUCGUAAUGUCCAGGCUUUCCGCGCGGUCUCCAUCGGUCACCCUAGGAGUUUUGCGUCAAAUGCCCUUCAGAAAAACAUCAAAAUCGCUGGUCGGCUGAACCUCGGUUCGCAACGAUUCACGGGUUUGGGCCCACUGCUAUUUACUCCUUUUGGUGCCAAUCAAGUAAGAACCUAUGCGGAUACCAUUGUCAAGGUCCCACAGAUGGCAGAGUCUAUCACCGAAGGCACCUUGAAGCAGUUUUCGAAACAGGUUGGGGAUUACGUUGAACGCGACGAGGAGAUUGCGACAAUUGAGACUGAUAAGAUUGACGUUUCUGUCAAUGCCCCAGAAUCCGGCACGAUCAAGGAGUUCUUGGUCAGCGAAGAGGACACUGUGACGGUUGGUCAAGACCUCGUUAAGCUGGAACUUGGUGGUGCUCCGGAAGCAAAGAAAGAAGAGGAGGCAUCUCAAAAGCCUGCAGAACCAGCCAGUACUGAGAAGCCCACGGCUUCUGAGCCAGAGCAACCAAAGACGUCUGAGGCCCCGAAGGCGCCUACUCCUGAGAAGCCUACCUCCAAGGAGACCGAAGCUAAGAAAUCGCAGCCUGCGGCACCUAAGUCGCAAACCUCUGAAGAUAACAAAUCCAGCAUCGGGGGCCGCGAAGAGCGCAGGGUUAAGAUGAAUAGAAUGAGACUGAGGAUCGCGGAGCGUUUGAAGCAGUCCCAGAACACGGCAGCCUCCCUUACUACUUUCAACGAGGUGGACAUGUCGUCACUCAUGGAAUUUAGGAAACUGUACAAGGACGAUGUGCUGAAGAAGACUGGCGUUAAGCUGGGAUUUAUGAGCGCCUUCUCUCGUGCAUGCGUCUUGGCUAUGAAGGACGUCCCUGCAGUCAAUGCAUCCAUUGAAGGGCCAAAUGGUGGUGACACUAUCGUCUAUCGUGAUUAUGUUGAUAUCAGUGUAGCCGUUGCCACCGAGAAGGGCCUCGUGACACCUGUGGUCCGCAACGCAGAGACCAUGGACCUUGUUGGCAUUGAGAAGUCCAUUGCGGAACUCGGCAAAAAGGCGCGCGACAACAAGUUGACAAUUGAAGAUAUGGCUGGAGGCUCUUUCACCAUCAGCAAUGGUGGUGUUUUUGGCUCUCUCAUGGGCACGCCGAUCAUUAACCUUCCCCAGACGGCUGUCCUUGGACUUCAUGCGAUUAAGGACAAGCCGGUCGCCAUCAAUGGAAAAGUCGAGAUUCGACCUAUGAUGUACCUUGCUUUGACUUAUGAUCACCGGCUUCUAGAUGGCCGGGAGGCUGUCACCUUCCUUGUCAAGGUCAAGGAGUAUAUCGAGGACCCGCGUCGCAUGCUGCUGGGCUGAGUCAAAUGCUACGAUUUGUGUACCGAUGAGAGCGGAGGCCCAGGGUUCACUGCCAUAUCUCCACCUAUUCCUGAUAUCCUGGCGUGUAGAACAUUGCUUUGUAUACGUUCAUUUUAGAAAACAGUCAUCACAAUCAGUCUGUGCCACACAUGUAGCGAACCCCAUCGUUGCAGCUACUUUUGUAGCUUACUUUGUCACCUUUGAAUUGGGACGACCGGCUUUUGGACCGUCAGAGUCCUAUUCUUGCUUUCAGCAGCCUGGUC